AUGCAUACUGACGACGAAGCCCCCGUCACCAAGCAAGAAGACAGUAACGACACGUCGCCUGAAAAUGUAACAGUGAGACUUGAUAAAAUUGAUACCCCAAAAAAAUUCGAGAAGAAAGCAGAUGUAGAGGAUCCUAAACCACGUAUAGUACUCACUUUUCGUUCGGAAAAGUCUGGUGCUAAAAGUAGCAACAUGAAAAUUGUAUCAAAUGAGGAGAAACAUGAAGAAAUCUCUCCAAGAAGAUCUAUAAGGACAAGAAAUUCAAAAAAGGACUCUGAUGAAGAUAAUGUAAGUCACAUAGACUCUGAUGAUGAAGAAAUCAUUGAAAUUCCUAGCACAACGAAGCGUUCAACUAGACGCCGCAGUAAAGAAUUCUCUGAUGUUAUUGCAAAUGCAAUUGCUAGAAAAGAAAAAUCAUAUAAUGAAGCCUCUUCAGCACCUACUCAACGACUGUCUCGAAGAAUAAAACCAACAGCCAAAAUACUUGCUAAUGAAGAAUUAAGAAUGGGUCUAGAAUCUCAAAAUAAUGCUCGAUUGGGAAUUUGUACAGAUAAGCCUGUAGAGGAAGGUGUAAGAACUAGAAGGUCAGCACAAACAAAAAACAUUGAGCCUCAGUCAGAGAAAAAGUCAUCAAAACGUAAAAUUCAAGAGGAAAGUGCAACUGAAAGUUCUGACAAAGAAAGUGAUUACUCAUCAAAAAAACUAAUUCAUCUGUGUAAUCUUGGCCUUAAAGUUAAAGAUGAAGAAUCAAGUGAAGCAGAAAACAGAAAGACAGAAAGCUCGGCCAAUGAAGGUCCAGAAGAAGAUGAAGAGAUAGAUGAUGAUACAGAAGUUAUAAGCAAAUUACUUGAAGCUGAUGAAGAGACUGCUAGUGAUGAAGACUUCUGCCCAGAGACAGCAAUCAAAAAAAGACGCUCCAAAAGAAAUAGCUCACCUGCCCCCUUACGUCGCUCUUCUCGGAAAGCAAAUUCUGGCCUCUAUUACUAUGACACGUUUGCAUUUGACGACCCGGGAGAUAGUGAUUAUGAACCAAAACGUAAGAGUGCUCGAACCCAUGGUGCAGAAGAAGGUGCACAAUCUGACCCCGAAUUGGACACAAAAGUUAGCAGUGAAGCGGCCCCCGCAGAGGAGGAGGGUUCCGAAGCGGCCUGUCCCUCCGACGCGUCCGUCGUCGUCGCCACGUGUCUGUGCGAAGAGACUAGCAACAUAUACGCUGCUCCCUCGGAGUUGACUGAGCCGGUGUUCUGCCAAGCCAUCGAGAUGGUGGAGGGCGUGCGCGUGGGCUGCUCGCACGCGGCGGCGCGCGAGGCGGGCGCGCUGCAGGCGCUGCGCCGCGCCGGCCCGCGCGCGCCCUACUUCCUGGCCUGCCGCCUGCACGCCGCGCAGCUGCGCGAGCACAUGUGCUGCCCCACCUGCGGACUGUUUUGUACUCAGGGUAUAUUCAACCAAUGCUCCAAAGGGCAUCUGUUCCAUCUAGAGUGUGGUAUUCAAGCGGAUAUAAAGCAAAAGACCGGAUGUCCGCACUGCGGCGUGCACUCGUACAGGUGGCAGGCCGUCAACCGAGAAUACAGCCGAGUGCAAGUCGAUAUGCAUUGCAGUAAUAACAGAGUAUUUCUUCCGGAUCAAAGGGAACAAAGCACAAUGGCGUUUUUAAGUUUUUCUUCAUUAGACCCGUCCCAGAUGGAUCUCGACCCGCCGAUACCAGAGGAACUGCUGCCUUCUUUGCCUUUAGAUCUGAAAAAGCUUUUUGAGACUGAAAGUGAAGAAGAUGCGGAUUAUUCAAUACAUGCGCUGUAUGAAGCGAUAAUGGCGGGAGAAAGUGUUGAACAACUUAUACCGAAGAUCGUCCGCGGCGAGCGUCUCAACGAGCCGCUGGCCGAGUGCGAGGGCGGCACGGCGGCGCACGCGGCGGCGCGGCGCGCGGCGCUGCCCGCGCUGUGUCUGCUGCGCUUCGCCGGCGCCGACCUGGACGCGGCCGACGACGCCGCGCGCACGCCGCUCAUGAGAGCUGUGCUAGCAUUAGUUGAUAAGGAAACAACAGAUGAGGCAGAUCACGAAGUCAUUGAAGCAGAAAUAAGUGUUCAAAAGGAAGAAAAAACAGAAGAAAGCGAAGAAGUAGAUUUAGACGUAAAGAAAGAUGAUGAAGAAGACAAGACUGAAAAUAAAGAAGAAGAACAUCAGGAGGACGUUCAUAAACCAAAUAAAGAAGAUCUCCUUAAAGUAAUCAAGUUUUUGAUUGCUGCUGACUGUGAUCUAAACAAACAGGGUCCGGAAGGCAUGACGGCGCUGCACAUGGCGGCGCAGUACGGCGCGGGCGCGGCGGCGCGCGCGCUGCUGGCGGCGGGCGCGCGGGCCGACGCGCGCGACGCCGGCGGCUGGACGCCGCUCGUGCGCGCCGCCGAGAACGGACACGACGAUCUCGUUAGAGUGUUGCUGGAGCAGGGCGCGGACGCGGCGGCCGGCGACCUGGAGGGCAACCUGCCGCUGCACUGGGUGGCGCUGGCGGGCCGAGCGCGCGCGCUGGCGCUGCUGCUGCGCGCCGCGCCCGCGCGCCGCGACGCGCACAACGCGCACGCCGACACGCCGCUGCACAUCGCGGCUCGAGAGGGUCAUUACGCCUGUGUGAUGGUGCUGCUCGCGCACGGAGCUAGGACUGAUUUGGAGAAUGCAGCGGGCGAACUGGCAGUUGAAGUGUGUACGGACCGCUGUCACGCUGCCAUAUUGCUCAAUAUGCAAAUGACGCUCGCUGUUAAAGGCAAAAUGUCGCGCGCACGUAUACUGUCAAGCGACUUGUCGAACGGGCGCGAGCCGUACCCGGUGGUGUGCGUGAACGAGGUGGACGACGCGCCGCCGCCCGCAGACUUCACCUACGUGUCGCAGCUGGUGGCGCCCGACCACGUGCCCACCGACGACUCCAUACAGACAAUGCAAGGCUGCUCGUGCACGGACGACUGCGGCGCGGAGUGCGCGUGCUGCACGCUGGGCGUGCGGCGCUGGUACUGCGGCGGCCGCCUGCCCGCCGCCUUCCCCUACCACGACCCGCCCAUGCUCUUCGAGUGCAACCAGACCUGCAAGUGCAACAUGAAACGGUGCACAAACCGCGUGGUGGGCGCGAUGGAGGCGGCCGGGUCGCUGGCGCUGCCGGUGCAGGUGUACCGCACGGCGCGCGCGGGUUGGGGGCUGCGCGCCGGGCGCGCGGCGCCGCGCGGCGCGCUGCUGGCGCUGUACCGCGGCGAGCUGCUGCCGCACGCGCGGGCUGACGCGCGCAUGGACGACCAGUACAUGUUCGCGUUGGAUAUUAAACCUGAUUUGCUGGAGCAAUGCAGCGAUCAGAGCCAGCUGUGCGUGGACGCGGCGCGGUUCGGCAGCGCGGCGCGCUUCAUGAACCACAGCUGCCGGCCGAGCGCGGCGCCCGUGCGCGUGUUCACCGCCGCGCGCGACCUGCGCCUGCCGCACGUCGCCUUCUUCGCGCUGCGGGACCUGCCCGCUCUAACUCCGCUCACAUUUGACUACGGGGACAAGUUCUGGUCAGUGAAAUCGAAAUGGAUGAAGUGUGAGUGUGAAGCCCCCGACUGCAGAUACCCCACAAAAGCAACUGAAACUAAUGAUUCA